AUGGCAAGGUGUUUGCUCUAUGCGACCUGCGUCCUCGCCGCGGCUGCCAGCUGGAUCCAUGGCGACUGCUCCAGCAUGCGGGCCAACACCUGCGUGGUGACCGGCAACAAGACCUUCCUACGGAAGAAGUCGAUCCGCUUCACAGGCAACAUCGUUUUCAGGCGGGCGCGCUGGGAAUGUUCCACGCGCCUCAACACGCAUGAGGGCUUGCAGAUGGACAUCUCGGUUACAGGCAGUCUCAGCCUGCUAGAGGGCUCGUUACUGCAUUGCGCGACGAUCACCAUCCAGGCUAGUAGUGUCUUUCUGUCGGACGACUCACAGAUUAGUGCCAACGGCACCUCGCAUGCAGUGGAGAAUGCUGGGAGCGAUCCCAAUGCGAAGCUCUGGUCCAGCCCGCAGCGGGGCGCGUCCCACGGGGGCCUGGGAGGCACCCGCUCGGGCUGCAGCUCGGACGACGCGCAGCUGAAGCGCUUGUCCCUGGCGCACGGAGACCCCUUCGCGCCCUGGGAGUUUGGCCGCGCCGCAGGCCCUGUCAACAAGCGCGGGGCUGGGGGUGGUCGCAUCCGCGUCACCGCCCAGAGCAUCUACCUCAACGGCAGCUUCUCGGCCGCCGGGGCGGCGCCGGACGACUCGGAGGACGAUGAGACGGCGGCCUGCGGCUCUGGAGGUUCCAUCUGGAUCUCCAGUGCAGGCAUCACUCAGCCACCGUCCAGUCAGCCGGCGACGAUCGACAACAGCGGCCAGGUGGACUUUGUGGACGACAUGGGCCCGGGAUCCCCCGCCGGCAGCAAGGGCCGGAUCUUGGCGCCCGGCGGGUGCUGCCGGAAGUGCCUCUGCGGGGGUGGCGGCAGGGUGCUCACCGAGGUGUCUUCGGGCAACGUCCCGCGGAACGUCAUGGUGGCCGGGGGGUGCUUCAAAGAUGUUCUCAAGAUGGACGGGGAGGGCUGCCGCUGCGGAUCCGCGGGGACCUGGGCCUUCAGCAAUGUCCACCAAGGUAAGAAGCGACGCAUCGUGACCUCCCCUGCUAGGUGGGCCUGGCGGCAGUCGCCGCGGCCCCAGCUGCUGCCCAGCUUCGGCGCCUCCGCCCUGACGCUGCGCGUGGACAACUCCUUCGCGGUGUCGCUGGCGGGCGCCAAGCUGCCGCAGCCCACGCCGCUGGCCUUCCAUGGGCCGGUGGCGCUCCAGGUGAACGACGCGGUGGUGGUGCCAUCGGAGGAGGAUGCCAACUGGCUGCUCUCGAGCCUGUCGAUGCUCUCGGACCAGACGGGCUCCACGCUGAAGCAUCUGGGCGCAGGGCCUUUGCUGCUGAACUUUAGCAAAACAAACGACGGCCUCGAACUGGCCUUCUCCUCCUUUCUGCAGGCUCGGGACUUGCAGAUCCUCAACGCGCGGCACAUCACGCUGCGGCAGAACGCCGCCAUCGAUGCCUCGACUGCAAAGCUGGUGGCGGAGGAAAUCAACGCGCACCAGGGAGCGCUGGGCCAGGGGGAAGGUGCCUUCAGGCUCCAGGCGCAGCGCAUCGUCCUGGGCAGCGGGCGCCUGCGGUCAGGGGUCAUCAUUGCUGAGGAGGAGCUGGUGAUGAAGCGUGGCAGCCGCCUGCAGUCCAACCAGCGACGGUGCGACCAGAGCCCCGCAGCGCUGGGCGAUCCGUGCGAGCGCAUUUUGGAGAACUACUCUGCCGACGCCAUGUCCGAGAACGUCAGCUUCGACAUCGUCCUGGUCAGCAGGAACGGCAGCAUCUCCAUCGAGGAGGACGCCGAGAUCUACGCGGGUGCGUUCCUGCUGUGCAGCACGGAGAACGUGAGCGUGCGCGGCUUGGUGAGCGCCCGCGGCUUGGGCUGUGCGCCCAACCGGGGCGAGGGCCCUGGCACGGUGCCCCAGAAAUCUCAGGAGGCGCGGGACGCGCACCUGCGGCGCCUGGAGGCCAUGUGCGGCGGCGGGGGCGGCGCCCACUGCGGCAACGGCGGGGACGGGGUGCGGAACCGGACCCGCGCGCGGUGCCUGGGCACGGGAGGCUUGAAGUACGAUGGCUGGUGGACCUCGGAAAUGUCCGGGAGCGCCAAGCCCUCGAGGGUGCCGACCUGGUCCGCCAGCGGCGGUGGCGGCGACUCGGCCGGCGCGGGCGGGGGGCUGAUUUGGAUCCGCUCCAAGAUUUUGGAGAUGCCAUCCAACAGCACCAGUCUUUCAGCAAAUGGUGAGGACGCAGUGGCUUGGUCCGAGGGCGGCCUGGACGGCUCCGGCGGGGGUGGCGGCGGCACGGUCAUCCUCAACGUCACCAUGGUGAAUGGCAGCGCAGCCAUCGAGGCGCCAUGGCGUCGGGGCAUGCGGCGGUUUGAGCGGCUGCAAAAUGGGCCAGCGGUGGGCGAGGGGGCGGCUGCAUUGGCAGGGCUCUCAGGUGGCGGUGGGGGAGGGGGUGCCAUCGGCAGUGCGGGGGCCAACGCCUCCCAGGUCUGGGCGGCCUACAGCGGGCUGUUGGACGUCUUCGGCGGCCUGGGGGAUGCCUCCAGCGCCUGCCGGGGCAUGGUAGGGGAGCGCGGCUGCGAGGGCGAACUUCUGCAGCUGGCGGAGUGCCGGCCGGGCCACGUGGGCAUCAAGUGCGAGGAGUGCCCCGAGGGCACCUACAACCCGCCGCAGCCGCCCGAGAACCUCACCGCAACGUUCCGGAUCUGCCUCCCCUGCAAGAACAAGCCGGCGCAGGGCUACUACACUGCCUCGGGCUGGCUCAAUGAAUCCUGCCCCUACGCCUGCCCUUCCGGGUUCCCACCAGUGGAGGUGAACCCCGAGUGCAACGACCCCUGGAGCUACUACUUUGACUUCUUCGGGGGCGUCUGGGGCGUGCUGCUGCUGACGCUUCUGACCGCGGUGCUCUUCUGCCUUCUGAUCUCCGCGAAGCGGCUCCAGACGCGGCGCCGGCUGCAGUGGCUGCAGAAGCAGCGCACCACGGGAGCGCGCUUCGUGGGCAUGAACGAUGAGGCGAUGCUGCUCUUUGAGUCGCUGCGUGGGAGGCACCCGCUUGCUGACCUGGACGUGGGCGAUGCGGAGGGCACUGUGGGCGAGGUGAUGAAUGCAGUGCACAGCCUCCGAAGCCGCACGGUGGGAGAGUCCCGGCCACGCUGGCUGUUGGGCUACGUCACCAGCUUCUGGCGGAAGCUUUGGAGGGGGAAGCGGCACAGCGGCGCCAAGAAGGAGGCUCACCUCCUGCACGUGGGAGAUUUGCCCUAUCACAUGUCGCGCAUCUACUUCCUGGGGGAGAACAUGCCGAGGGACCCUUGGCGGCUCUCCAUGCAGGUGCCGGAGGAGCUGCGGCCAUUCGUGGAGGACAGGCGCUGGUCGCAAUUCGCCGAGAAGGUGAACAAAUGCUGCUCCCGGAGGAUGCGGCUUCAGCUCAUGGCAGAGGGGGUGCUGAGGUGGCUGUACCUGCCAGUGGCAGAGUACACCCGGUGGCGCCUGCGCUUCGCCCGGGCCGCCGACGUCGCCGCCUUCGUGUGGUCGCUGAGCGAGAACUCCAUCCCAGGCGAAACCUUCUGGCGGCUGAACGUGGAGAACUCCAGUCGCUUCGGCCUGAAGUUCGGCACAGACAGGGAGAUGACGAUGGCCUACAUUGACAUCCUCGAUUAUUGCAAGACGCUGGAGAACUGGGUGGUGAAACCGCAGCUGCCGAUGAUCAUCGCAGCGGCGGGGGAUGGCGAGUACACUGCUCCGUACCACCUGGACUAUGCCGACCCCUUCGUCCAGAGUGCGGCCCAGUACCUUAGCAGGAGGACCUGGCACCAGGUGCUGCUGCCUUUCAACCUGCUUGCGCGGCUGCUGCCGCCCAACCCUACGGAGGAGGAUCUGAAGCCCCUCCGAAGGUCCAUGCAGCGCGUCUCAUCAAGGGCCCUGCUGCAGACAGAUAUCGAGUGCCACGCGGUGCUCUUCGAAGUCUGCGUUCCAAACGGCAAAAGCCGGAGAAGGAGGGCGGCCGACAUGACACCCACGUGCCGACAAUCCUCCUGGGAGGUGCAGAUCCACCCACCCGAGCCUCUGCACGAGCCGCGUACUAGCAAGUCGGGCUGGAACAGCUCAGAUGCCAAGAGCCCCGGGCAGAUGACGCCGGUGGUACAGCAGGGGGAACUUGUCUUCCGCCGACGCUUGGCAUUGGUGCUGACCCAGCGGGCGAACACGGGCGGUCACUGGGCUCAGGGCUCCACAUCCUUGCGAGACCGUCUCUCGCGUGUCAUGCCUACACCUGGUGGAGGUUUGGUGUCCCCGACGGAGUUCCUGAACUGCGCGCAGUUCUCUCCCCAGAUCUGCCCCUCCCCGCUGCCGGAUAUCCAGAUCCAGUGGCCAGAGCUGCCAGAGCUGGAUUUCCAGGACACCUCGUACCAGAGCUUUGACAACAUGCUGAGUGACAGCAUGAUAAGGCAGCGGAGUACUGGCCGCGGUGGAGCGGGCGCGCUCUCUGCAGCCUUCCGGGACUGCGGCUGGUCUGCGGACAGCGAACCCUUGUCGCCUCAAGUGUCUGCGCUCUCCGGAGGAGUACCCAGCCCUCCUCUCGCGCGGCCGUCCUUCCGCCUGGGCAGCCUUCGGUGCCCCGGGUUGCGGCAGGGCUGGAACAUGUGUUUGGAGUUUGUGGGGGCCUCCUUUGUCCACAUCAUCCAACGCCUGGAGGCGAUUCUUCACUUUGUGGCCGCCCCGGGAAACCACAUCUACCACUGGUACCUGAAGAAGCUGCGAGCCGUGCGAGCCAUUGGCGGCGUGGGUCGGCAGACUGGGCUCUACCUCAGGCACAGGAAGCCACGGGGCUCGCAGGAGUCCACUUUGCUGUACUUGAUGCUCACCUUGGUGGUGGCCACGCUGGGCUUCAUCGCCCAGUCCGCCAUCCUCUUCAGGCUGCAGCCCAGACAUAGCGCGUUCUUCGCCGCUUUGCUUCUUCCGCCCUUCGCGGACAUCUUAGCGCUGGUGAACAUCACCCUCUUCCUCUGCGGCGCAGCGGACGGCACCACCUCCUGCCUCUUUGUGGUGGCGUCCAACUGGAACUCCCACAUCGGCCUGCUGUACCGGCUCAUGGCCAUGGAGAGAUGGCGUUCCGCGGGGCUGUUGCACGUCCUUGGAGAGUACGUCAUGGUCUUCGCCGUGAAAGUUUUCAUGUGCCGAUUGGUGAACCUCACCAUCGCCUACUACGAGGCCGAGCCAGCGUUGUUGGAGCCGGGCGGCAAUGAUGCGGACCACGACUGGGUCCGGGAGCACGUGCUCUUCCGCCCCGUGCAAAAGCCCGACGUGGCGCCGGAAUCCUCUCCAGCGGCUGGGCAGGCCCCAGAGGAGAAUUUUUCGGAGCAGAACACCCAGACCUGGCUGGUCCGGGGCCUGGAAACCACCCGGACAGCCCUCUCGCAGCGGUUCCAGGAGCUGCAACCCCAGGGCUCCGAGGAGGGGGGGGCAGCUCGGAAGGUGAGUCGCCGAUAUUGGCCCGUGGAGACCAAAGCCAUGAAGAUUCCCAUGGGCCCGCAUGGGCCGCGCUAGAUGCAUGUCGUGUCGGCACGGGGGAUUGGCUGCGAGGAGACCGGGCAGGCUUCGGAGCAGACGCUUCACGGCAGCGACAGUGUGUCCGAUGGCUGGACGCCGCUACUUCACAAAGUGAGCGGCAAGCCCUCGUUCCACUUUGACCGCAGAGAGUCCGACUAGGACGGCGCCAGCGUGAGGCCAGGGGGUUCCAACAGCUGAGGCUCCCGUUUUUCCGGCUUUCGGCCAUUUGUACCGGCCCUGCUUCUUGACAUGGAC